UAUGCUGUUAUUUUGAUAGGAAGUGACAAAAACAGAGCAGCGCUUCCCUUCCUCAGAGUUUGUCUGUGAUCGACUAAUUGUGUCUACAAUCGUUUCUGCUGACUUUCAGACAUACAUAAUCGAGCUCGGAUUGAUAGAUGCGCAUUUUGAAAAAGUAGCGCGGUUUUGCUUAGUUCCCAAUGUAUAGACUUCGGCUUCACCCUUUGAUAGUACUACAGUUAUAUCCUGAAGUUAUUGAUAAAAAACCACACGGGUUUAACAUCAAGCAAUAGCUAUGUCUACAAAGAAACUGGCAAAGGAAUUAGGAUUCUUGAGGCAGCGAAGUCAGUCCUCCUCUGGGUCAAAGAAAUGUACAGUAUCUAAUCAAAUAUUUUCAUAUCUCAUUGUGAUUGACUUUGAGUCCACUUGCUGGAGAGAAAAGAACAACUACAGCCAGGAAAUUAUUGAAUUUCCUGCUGUUCUGUUGAACACAGUCACAGGACAGGUCGAGUCUGAGUUUCACACUUAUGUUCAACCCCAAGAACAUCCCAUACUGUCUGAGUUCUGCACUGAGCUGACCGGGAUCACACAGACACAGGUUGAGGCAGGGAUCCCUCUUCAGAUCUGUCUUUCUCGGUUCACCCGCUGGCUGCAAAACCUUCAGCUCGAGAUGGAAGUGGUCUUUUCCAACAAACAGCAAAGAUGUUCUGCAUCUUCGCCUUCUCAAAAACUGUGUACUUUCCUCACAUGGUCAGACUGGGAUCUUGGAGUUUGUUUGCAGUACGAAUGUAAACGUAAACAGCUUCAUAAACCUGAUGUUCUCAACAGCUGGAUAGACCUGAGGAGCACAUACAGGCUGUUUUACGCCAGGAAACCCAAAGGCCUGAAUGGGGCACUUCAAGAUCUAGGGAUACAGUUUUCUGGGAGAGAACAUUCUGGUUUGGAUGACGCCCGAAAUACAGCUCAGCUGGCAGCAAGAAUGAUGAGAGAUGGCUGUGUAAUGAAGAUCACCAGGAGCUUGGAGAGGACCUCUUUGAUAGUCAAACCCAUGUUUGGAAACUCUGCCUGUCCUGCAGACAACAAGAGAGAAAACGGGAACAACAAUAAAAAGGAAAAUACUCUCAUUGCAAGCAGACCCUCAUCAUCCAAAAUUCCUCUAAAGGCUGCUCAAAAACAGCCUUGUUCAGAGAUCAUCAGUCGGAAUUUAGAAGUAAAGGAAAACUCAAGUUCAAUUCAACAAUCUGUUCAUAUCUGUCAAAGCCUGAUCUCGCCGAAGACACUACUCAAUGGUGUGAUGACACCUUUAUGGGGAAACAGCAGGACGUCAGUCAGAGCAAAGGCUGCUGCCAAUCUUUCCUCCUCAGUUAUGAUCAACUGUCCUUCACCUCACAAUAACAACGCCAGCCUCGUUCUGUGUUCUACUACAAUGAACUGCUUUUCACACCUACUUCAGCCAAACCAGGAAUCAAAAACGGGAGCAACAUCAGGACCCGUGGAGGAGGAGGAAGGUGCAGAACUUUCAGUGCAAACAGAGGAGAGAUGUGGUUCUUAUGAUGAUGUGGUGCUGGAUGGUGAUGAAUGUAUUAGUGAAACGGACAGAGAAUGUGAUGCUGAGUACAUAUCAGAGUUUGACAGUGGAUGUUAUGACUGGGAAGAGACAGAUAAUUCACUUUCACCUGGAGGUCAGUGCACAUUAAAUUUAAGAGAAAUGAGUGCUGGAAACAACUCCAGAGUGCAAAAGAUAAUUAGCGGUUCAUCAACAACCUCUAACUCUACAAAGACAUUAGGAUCCCAUAUUAAAGUCUCUAAUGGCUUAAAUGAACUGAUGCAGCAUUCAACAACCUCUGUGUCAGAUAGUUAUUUUGCUGUGCCUAAAACUGUGACCUGGAGAAAACCAAAUCAGUGCAAAACACGACUUGGAACUUCUCUACAACUUCAGGAAACAGCCGAUGGGAAAACAGAGAAGCCUUCUCUAUUCAGACCGAAGCCUUUUGUUCCAGAAAAGACCUCCACUCCCAAUACCUCCUUUGCCAGGCCCAAACCUGUCGUCCCCAAACACACAAAACACAAAGAGACCCACAAGUCAUCCUUUACCAUCUACACUGAACCAGCAAAACAGACUGCAGCGCCCCCUGGCGGCGCUCUGUACACCCCCAAAAAUGUCCUCUCCUGUUUGUCAACCAACACACUCUCCUCCUGUGCCAGUCACUCCUUCUUUUCAGUGAAAGGGGCACACAAGAUCACUUCCCCUCUGUGUGCAUGUGGUCGUCGUGCAAAGCGACAGGUUGUGUCAAACGGAGGUCCAAAUCACGGCCGAGGGUUUUACUGCUGUCCAGUACGACGCUCAGGCAGUGGAGGCCGGGUGAAGAAAGGCUGUGAGUUUUUUAAAUGGGAGUCAGCUCUGAUGAAGGAUGGCUCAGUGGUCGCUCCUGCUGUCGGUUCUUCUGUUUCACUCUGUCAGAUGAACUCCACUCUCACACAUCGUCCACCGCACAGGUCACUGCUAAGAAAAAGCUAUUAGAGAAACUGGAAGGGAGAAGCGGAAAAACAUUGCAUUUAUUACACUAAAACAUAUUUGACAGUGGGGCUGCACAGUGGUGUAGUGGUUAGCACUUUCGCCUUGCAUCAAGAAGAUCCUGGUACAAGUCCCGGCCCAGGAUCUUUCUACAUGGAGUUUCCAUGUUCUCCCUGUGCAUGCGUGGGUUUUCUCCGGGUACUCCGGCUUCCUCCCACAGUCCAAAAAUAUGCUGAGGUUAACUGGUUACUCUAAAUUGCCCAUAGGUGUGAAUGUGAGCGUGAUUGUGUGUCUGUAUAUGUAGCCCUGUGACAGACUGGUGACCUGUCCAGGGUGUCCCCUGCCUUCGCCCGAGUCAGCUGGGAUGGACUCCAGCACCCCCCAUGACCCUAGUGAGGAUAAAGCGGUGUAUAGAGAAUGGAUGGAUGGAUAUUUGACAGUUGGCUGUUCAUGAAGUAAAACAUCUGUCAAAUCAAUGCUUUUAUUUAACAGACACUGUAAUUGCUGAAAUAAUUUAUUUCACUUUUGGUAAUUGAUUGUAAGUUAGCAAAUGUAAUCACUGCAAAAAGAAAAUGGAUUGCUUUUUGUAUUUCACAUCAAUGUAAACUGUAAUUUUCAUGUUCAUAUUUUAAGACGUGAAUUUGUAUUCUAUUGAACUUUUGUCAAUGUUCAAUAGAAAAAAUGCCACUGUGUUGAAUAAAAAUGACUGGUACUGUAAGCUAAGGAGUGACCCAAGGAGGGACAUGGAUCAGACAGCCAGUAGUGGAGGACUACAAUCCACUCAUACCACUCCAGUUACAUCCAGUAGCGGCUAUUUUUCAGGCAGAGUUUCGUGCAGAACUGUUACCUUACUGAUGUAUCUUAAUAGCACAGUCAAUCCCGAUUCAACCACAUACAAUGAAGUAGUUCUGGCCGGUCAGAAAAUGUUUACACUAAUAAUAUAGGGUCUUAAAGACUCUUACGUAAACCUGGAAGACUUCUGAAAAUAAGUGGUACAAGCUGUUGAACAAUGCAAUAUUGAAACAGAACCUGCAGCUUAAAGGAUAAAAUGAAACUGGAUGGACAGAGUGUAAUGUCUCAGUGAGAGGAACAAGGACAUUUUUGAAAGUGUUUUAUAUGUGCUUAAGUUGUUAAUGUAACCAGUGCAAUUCAAUGUUAUUUUAUGAACUUUAUCAACCAAUAAAAAGUUAUUUAAGCAA